AUGAAUGAAUUUUCAUCAGAUAUAAUAAAAGAAAUUUUAAAAUUCUUAACUUAUAGAGAUGUGCUAACGAAUAAGUAUUUGAUUAAUAAAGAAUUCUAUUACGCUUUAAAUUACAAUGACUUAUGGAAAUGUUUUUAUAAAUAUGAAUAUUUUGAGGAUUCAAUUAACAGAAAAAAAAAUGACCCAUUUAAAGAAUUAUUUUAUAUUAGAUACAUAGAAAAAAAAAAAAAUAAAUAUAUUGAUUUACCUAAAUCAGCACAAGAACAAUUUUUAGAUAUGGAAGCUUCACUACUUACAUUAAAAGAGUGUUCGCUAAAUAGAUUUGAUAUUUAUGAUUUAUAUAAUAAUAAUAAUAAUAAUAGUAAUAAUCGGUUUAAUAACUUUAAUAAUUCAUUAGAUGUAUUUCAAUUAAAUUAUAAUACCAACAUACAACAUAAUAAUCAGUCUUUAUCACAUACGAAUACUUUAAUAAUUCCGAAAAAUAUUAUUAGUACUACGUACGGAGUACCAAAUUCAAUAUAUAUAAAUAAUGAAAUAAAUGAAAAUAACUUAAAUAUGAAAAUACAACUUACAAGUGAAGAUUCUCAGAAUCAAGAUAAAAAUAUUCACAUAUGCUCUUUUAAACAGUGUGAAUUUCAAUUUAUUCAAAAAAAAAAUUUAUAUAUAUGUUUAUUAAGCAAAAAUUUUCAUGUAUGUGAUGAGAAAUGUGAUUUAUCUAUUUUUUCGGACAUAGAAUGGGGUUAUCUAGUAUGUCCAAUAUCUGGUAAAAUGUUUGAUUAUUUAUCUCAUUUAAAAAAUGGAAUUACAUGUUUAAGGAUUAGGAAUAAUAUUAGUUCAUCUUUAAAAUGCAUAUUAUCAAAUAUCAACGAAAAUUCUUAUCACUAUUAUUCAGACGAAGAAAAAAAUGAAAUAGAAGAACAAUAUGAUCAAGAAAUAGAUGAGUACUUUGAAAAUUCAAAUAAUUUUUUGAAAAGAAAAAAUAAAAUAAGCAAAAUAUUUUCUAUUUCAAAUAUAAAAAAAAAAAACAAAACACACAGAAAGACAAAAAAAAAACAAAAAUCAGAAAAUUAUGCUUCUUAUAAAAAUAAUUUAUUCAAAAAAAUAUUAAAUUCUUACAAAAAUAAAAAAAAGGAUGUCAAAAAGGAACGUAUAUCAAAGAUAUAA